UGCGCACGCAUGUGACAACUGGCAUUCGUAGUUUGUUUGAGGUAGUGUGGUUCAAACAUGUUGGAGCGAAAUCGUAAUGUGUUGUGAUAUUGAACAGUUGGUUCUUAUGAAAUAAUGUCAGAAAUAAAACGUGCCCAGUUAAUCCCAUUAGGAUCCCAAAAAGAGUCGGACAAGUCAUCGAAGGAGCCCCGCAAAACCAUCCGCAUCUCGGUCGUCCUGCCAGAGUCCACCGAAGACACAUGCCCGGAAUACAACUAUAAAGAUGAACUUGCUGGUGCAAAGAAAUUGGGAAGAUACAAGGAAACGGGAGGAGGUGCCCUAAAUGGUUUAAACCGAGUAGAUGAAUUCGCGGAUGACGAUGACGUUAAGAGGAUUGCCCGUCAGAUGGAAGAAAAAUAUGGAACUGGUACUUCCUUAAACAAGAAGAAACGAAAGGGCAAAAAAGAUGAUUACGCCGAUAUCGGUAUGGGGUAUGAUGAAUCUGAUUCAUUCAUCGAUAAUACGGACGGCUAUGACGAAAUGAUACCUCAAAAUGUAACAACGUUGCAUGGAGGUUUUUACAUCAACAGUGGAGCUCUAGAAUUUAAAACUGAUGAUGAAGCAGAUUCUGAUUUAUCUUCAAGUUCUUCAGAGGAUGACGAAAACUCGCCGAAAACAACUAGUCGAAAGAGAGUCAUUGAAUCAUCCGACGAGACUGACAGAGAAAACAAGACUGAGACUGUAGAUAAUGCAAAUAAUUUCGAGAAGAAGCGGAAGUUGCAAAAUGGUGGCAAUGGAAUGCAGCAAUCCCUCAAGAAGAAGUUACUUGGUCAGAACAAGAUCUACAUCAAGAAGAGGCGGUUGUUGGAUCCUCAGAAGAAAACAGUCAAGGAAUUGUUAAGGGAAAAGCGGGAAGAUCUGAAUAUGUCCGUUCCGGAAGAGCUCAAUAACUCCACCGUCAAUGAAGAAGGAAAAGAAAAGAAAACGAUGUCCAUAUCAAGCGUCACUGAUGUAAUAGAAUCUGUUGUUAAAGCGUCAACUGAAGAUUCCAAACCAGUUGAAAGUAGUACAACUAAGGUUGUUGUUCAUUCAUCUUCUGAUGGAGAAUCUAGUCACGAUAACGCAACAAAUGCGACAAAAAUAGAAGUGAAGUUACCUGAAAAUUUAUCUGGCGAUAUUUUAAGUGUAAUUACGGCGAUUAAGAAUGCUGCUGAACAUAGUAACCUAGAUGGGAAAAAUAGCUUUACGUCGGAAAUUAAUUUACUUAUUUUAAGAUUGGAACGAAAAUCUAAAUGUCUUGGUAAACCUUCAAAAAUGAAAGUUUAUGAACAUUUAUCAGUCUUAUUGAAGUGCAAGACUGAAACUUUGAUAAGACGUGCAAAAACUCUAGUAUUAGAUGACGAACAAAAGAAACUAAAAUCUCUAUUAUCAGGUUUACAAUCAGAAAUCAAUAAAAUUAUGCCGAGUUUGCUAGAAAGUUACGAGAAAGAAAGUCAACGUAUCCUGCAAAAGAAGUUUUCACAAGAGAGUGUUGAAAAUGAAGAAAAUAAGUGUUUAAGGAUGCCUAAGCGGCGCUUCCAAUGGAACGACGUAACAAAGAAACAAUUGAAGGAUAUUCUGAUGUUAAAGAAACGCUGCCUCCUGCUGGAAGGGAAGAGCAAAGAUGUUUUGGACACUCAGAUGACCACAUUCCUCAAAACGGAAAUUCAAGUGUUAUGGCCAGAAGGUUGGAUGUCUAUGAAUGCCCUAAACAAGAUCUACACUAUGUACGCCGACCCGAAAAGAAUUCUCAGUAAUGGUUCUACUACAGCUGCUCCUGUCACUUCACAGCCCAAGAGUGCAACUUCAACCUCUACUACUACUACAACUGUGAAGAAUCUUCCACAAAGCUUUAAUAAUAGCAACUUGUCGAUAACACCUAUAGUGGCCGCUGCAAAAAGUGACAGUAAUAGUAAUAAAGUUCAUAGUGUAACAAACGAAGUGAGUGUUAGUAAAACUUGUAAUGAAACUAGUAUAAAUUUAUCACUGAAGUCACUGCCAGAAACGUCGCAACCAUGUGAUAUUAGUCCGGCAUCGCCAAAAAAGGAAGUGGAAGUUAAACUAAAAGUGAAAUCCCCCAGUGAACUCCUUAAACCUCCAGUGAGCAACCACGUGAACAAGAAAGACUCACCAAUCAGUUUAAUUAGUGACGAUAGUGUAAUUAUUUUAGACGGUACGGCUAGAAACGAUCGGUUUAGUCCAAAUAAAGACAAAUUUCACGCGAAAAGUGACGAUAACUACUGCCAAGUGAUAGACUUAUCUGACAAAAAUGACUUUAAAGUGAAGCCUGAGCAGAAGACACACCCUAAAAGGGAGAAAACAAUCAGCCCGAUGAUGCCCGAGCAAAUGAGCCACGUGGCGAAACAUCACGACUUGAGUAUUACACCGAGUUAUCCGAAAGUCGAACCCCCCAAAUCAAAAGCGAGCGAUGAUAUCCAAAAGGUCAUGGAAAACUUGAAAAAUCUUCAGAAGAUGUCUUCACCGAAAAAGUGCGUCGAUCCUUCGCCCACGAGUUCCGCCGUUUCGGUGAUAGCCGUUAACAAAAGUUUCGCGCCUAAAUCGGUCCAUAGUGAAUCCAGUAGUACUAUGCAGAGAUACGACUACAACAAAACUGAAUACAAUACGUCGUUCCAGGACGAAUUUCAGAAACAGUUGUUUAGUUGCCUCAACCACUACCAACAAGGUUCCAACAAGAACUACAAUAGUGUUAGUAGGUAUCCGCACAUCAGCAGCGGGUCGACUGUGGGAUCUGGUGAUAAGUAUUUUCAGAAUUCUAAUAAUAAUUAUACACAGAAUUCCAAUGGUCACAAAAGUAGCACUUCUGCGCAACAAUCAGGUACUUAUAACAUAUUGGAUGAUAUGUUGUUUGCUAAUAUACUCACUCAGUAUGGAUUGUCAAAAGAAGCCGCAGCACCAAAUCUCAACAGAAAUAGCUAGAGGAAGUUGUAACUUAAUUUUGAAGAUAAUGUAUUGUACUGCCAACUUUUAUAAAGUUUUUUUUUCUUCAUUUUGUAGAAAGAUUUAUGGAUUCAUUCCUUGUAAUUAUUAAUUUUGUAAUUUAUUUUUACUGUAAAUUUGUAAUAAAUUGUGAUUUCUGAAAUAUAUUUUUUACCAUG